CAUUAGGAUUUUAAUUGAUCGACUUCAGAAUUCCAACCAUAUGUUAUUCCCCUUUCCAUCAGCCAUCUAGCACCACAGAUAAACAAUUCAUGUCAACUUGCUCUGGUGGCUUUCUCCCCACCAGGAACAUAUUUUAUGUUUGACACAUGUCAUGAAAACCCAGCUGAGCAGCUCUAGAUAAAUUUUAGCAACGGAGUGUAUUGGUUCAGAAAGUAAAUUUGUUAUGUAGGUGGAAUCGAAAUAUUCAACAAGCUAUAAAUAGCUGAGUCGCAGAAAAGUGUGUGAACUUCGUGGCUAUAUCUGUUUGUGAUUACCAAAAUGAGGACAACGUUUGGACUAAGUGUUCAAUACUUAACUAGGGUACAAAAUAUCAAAAAAUGUGUAGGAGCACGAAAAUAAAUACUUAACUUUUAGACAGCGCAUUUCUUGCGAAAAAAUUGGUAUCAAUUAGUAUGUGAGCCCUAGGCUAUCCGUAUAUCGUCUCCGCUGGGGACUUUGUAUUAUACAAAAAUUAUUGGGGGUGUCAAAAGUCAAUUAAGCAAUUUAGUAAGAUUAACUAAUUAUAUUUUGAAUAACUAUUGUGAAAUGUAUGUUGUGUAUGUUAGCAUAAUUUGGUUGUUAAUAUAUUAAGUAGAAUGGCCACAAUUGCAAUGGAAGAGUAUGAACUAAUGAAAGACUCUAAGUAUCGCAUGUAUGUGGCAGCUGUAGAUAAAGCUUUGAAAAGCUUCGAAUAUACGGCCGAAUGGCCAGAUCUUAUAUCUGCUUUAGGAAAAUUGAACAAAGUUUUAUCAAGUUACCAAAAAUUUCCGGUUAUUCCUAGACGAAUAAAAAUUAGUAAACGCCUUGCACAAUGUAUGCACCCUGCUUUACCUUCGGGUGUACAUCGCAAAGCCUUGGAAACUUAUGACAUCAUUUUUCGAUGCAUGGGAACCAACAGACUGGCCUCUGAAUUGUUUAUCUAUAGCUCAGGUUUAUUUCCACUGAUGGGUCAUGCUGCCAUGAAUAUACGUCCAGCGCUGUUGACAAUAUAUGAAACGCAUUUUGUUCCUUUGGGGGAUCGAUUACGCCCAGCCUUGAGUGGUUUCCUGAGCGGGAUCUUGCCCGGACUAGAUACUGGCACAGAUCAUUUUGAAAGAACCAACUUGCUAUUGGAGAACGUGUGCGAAGGGGUGGACCCCCCCUAUUUUUACACUUGCAUGUGGCAAUGCGUGACAAAUAACAGCCCCGUUAGACUGCCCGCUAUAACCUACGUAUUGGCGCAUUACAGCCGAAAGCUGCCCAUGGAAGAGCAGUUGCAUUUAUUGGGUCACGAUAUAGGAUUAAUGAUUUCCGGUCUGUGCGCCGCCGUGCAGGACUCCAGCGUUUUAGUCCAAAGGUCGGCGCUGGACCUGUUGAUGGUGUGCUUUCCGAUGCAAAACAAGCAGCUCCUUUAUGCCGACAUGGUUAGGUUGGUGACGGCCGCGCUGUCCACCAUUUUGCGAAGAGAUAUGUCCUUGAACAGGCGGUUGUAUUCCUGGUUGUUGGAUUCCCAGUCCAAUGAAACGUUCGAGUUGGACGCAGAUGACGAAGUUCCCGUGUCCAAUACGCAUUUGGUCGCUUACGACUUGUUAAACGACGCCAUCAAAGACAUAUUGAAAAAAUGCAGUUGUGAAACGCCUAUCGACGUCAAACCCUAUCGCCUGCUGACGUCGUUGUUUGACAAACCCCAAAUUGGACCGUUUAUAUUGGACAGCGUGCUUUACGACGUUUUCCGUACGCUGUACUUGUCGUGUCUCAACGCGCAGAAGCAGCGAAACCAUUCGGGUCGGUGCGUGUCUUUCAACGGCGACAUUAACAGUUUGAAAAAUGAUGAUGGCGAACUGAACAGGACAUUCGUUUCGCGGAAUUGCCCGGAACUGGUAAAGAACGCCAAUCUUCUGUUCAACACGCUGCAGAGUUACUACAUCUGGUCGUACGUCGAGAAACUGUAUGGUGAAGCGGUGCAAAACAUAAAAAAAUAUAAGUACAGGGACCGGUUGACAGUGAGCGACGUAGGUACAGGGCCCCCUUACGUCCUAGAGUUGUGCAUCUUGACCGACUUCCUGCUGGACGUGGUCCCCAUAGAAUCGCAGGCGGAAAGCACCUGCAACAUUUUGCCGAACUUGUUCAGCAAGAUCGUUCGUUCGCUAAAAUCGUCUGUAGUCGAUUUGAACUGUUUGGAAAUCUUAAAGAGUCUCGAGCUGUGUCGGAAAAUUUUAACGAAGAUCCAGCCACUCGCACUGGUACAAAUGGCGUCUAAUGACCCCAAUCCGGGCAUCGAAUCGGCUAGUAUAGAAAAAUCGCUCGAUUUGGCGACCAUAUCAGAAACCAAAUCGGAGAACGACGAGCAGAGGACCACCAUCGAAAAGAGCAAGUCGGAUUCGAAGCUCAACGAGAACAUGAACGAUAAACACGAGUUGGCGUUCGACGAUUCCAGUCGCGAGCGCUCCUACAGCAACCAAAUGUUGAAAAAGAAGGAGAAAACAAGCCCGCGGAUCGAGAAAAAGGCGCGAAAUAAAAAGUCGAAGUCGAGUUCGAAACUGUUCGAUUUGAAAACGGACGACGCGGCAGAAGAGGCGGACAAACGUGAGGCCGGAUCGAAAGAGGUGGACCGCGCAACUUCCUCGCCCGCCCCGCCCUCCAAAAUCGAGAACAAAUAUUUCGCCAAGUGCUUGGAGGAGUACAAAACGUUCUACGUAUCUUUCGUUGAAACGAAGAUACUGCCGGACGUCGACAUCGAACGAUAUCUCCAAUCGCUGACGGUCGAUAUCGAUCAGCGAACAAAACAACUCGAAAAAUUGCUGGACGGAAGGUUGGCCGACGAGCAAAGAUCGAAAUUCGUUCCCGUCGAUUAUACCAUGGUGAUGGGAUCGCGGAGGACGGACAUCGAGGACGUCGCACCCGAAGACUCGGUUUGCGACCACGAGAACGGCAUGAGCGUGGCAUCCGGCAUUCUUCUCGAAUUUUGCGGGUUUUCCAAUUUGGUCGUUGAGGUCGUCGACCAAACGAUCCCGGCAUGGUUGGAAGCGCUUUUGGUGGCGGCGUGUUAUCGUAAUUCGUCCAGGGAAAUCCAGCUGACUGCCAUGUCGACAGCGCUGGAGAUUUUCAGUUUGGCCAAAGUUCGUACCGACGCCGGCGGUAAAGUCGACAUCAACACUAGCGUCGUAAUCGCCGGUAUUUUGGAUCAGCAGCACGUGCAAUACGUGGAAGAACGCACCUUGAUCAUUGAGGAAAUGUCAAAAAUCCUGUGGAGCGUAUUGGGCAACGCGAAGAAUCAGAACCAACUGAUGCAGUGCGUUACUCUGCUUUACCAAAUACACAACACGUUCGACUGCAAAUCGUUCGCCGAACGCGUAAUCGACUCGUGCCUCUCCGAAGACCACGUAGACGCAAACUAUCUGAAGCGGUUUUUCGUUCUCUGGCACCUCGGGCGCGAUUUAAACAUCAAACUGCCGCCCAACAGGACCGUACCGAGGAAUUUCGACAGGUCCCUCUUGAAAGUGCUGGACAUGCUGCAGAGCAAGGACAGGCCGACGCUGCAGCUCCUCUCCGAGACGUUCCUCACGCACGGCCUCUUACACAACGACCUGUCCCGCAUAAUAAAUCCGUUGCUGUCAAAACUGUUGUCGCCGACCACCGCGAGGGUGUCGAUACGCCACGUUAACAUCCAAGACGGCGACACGCAGACCGAAACGACGUUUCAGGAUGCUCAGUCCGGCGAGGUGGCCCAAUCGAAAAAAGUUUACGCUGUGAGCAACGUGAACGGCAACAUAAUGUACCACGUUACGGACGAUCCAGACCCGAAACCGUCUAAAAAGAAAUGGUUUGCGUUCUCCAAGGCUAGCAAAAAGAUCGCGUCGCCCAUCGUCAACACGACCACCAGCCUGACCGAGGACGCGAACGCGGUCGUGACGAAGAAGAACAAGGACUUUAAAGGGUACGCCGUGUCCUCCGCGAACGUCGACAAAGAGUCGAAAGGGAACGUAAAACUUAUCAUAAACCCGUUAAGUUCGAAAGAGGUGUACCCGAACGGUAUCGACGGGUCGUAUUCGAAGCUAGACCGUUCCCGGUCAUCUUCCGAGAGUCUGUCGAGCGACGACAGCGUCAGCAACGACGACUCCCUGACGAAGACGUAUCCUAACGACAAUCGCGACAGCGGGUUCGAGUCGCUAAAGGCCGCGAAGCUUCUCGAACGUAUCGAGCCGAUUUCGGACGGUAUCAAAGCGGCGAAGUUGCCCAAGUCGCAUAGUUUCGACGAGAAAACGAACGCGGCGCGAGACCACAUGGAAAACACGCUCGUCCAGAGCUGGUCGUACUGUAUAUCGGACUCGGCGAACCUCAAUUGCGAACUGGAACUGAGCAAGAGUGCCGAAGAGUUUUUCCGCGGCAAAGACGAGGAGUACGAUAUCGUGACGGGCAUACUAAACGCGAUCGUCGACCGCGUGUGCGAGAAGGCGGAGACUCGGUCGGGGCGUGGCGGCGAUUCGUUCGGUCAAAAAAUGGCGGCGAAACAUUUCGUCCUCUACCCGAUCCACUCGCAUAUCUGUCUGUACUACGACUCGUUCGAUACCGGUCAGGUGAUUUACGCGUUGCACACCUUGAAGAAUUGCCUCUCGUGCGACCCGCAGCUAACCAUCAAAUGUCUGGCAACGUGCGGCAUCGGCAACGACUUACUGGUGUCGUUGGCGCGCCAUCGUAAAUCACUGAUCGGCUGCGGGUUCGCGGGCGAUCUCGCCGCCGAACACGUCAACUUUUACCGCGGCUACACUUUGCUCGACGUCGUCGUCUCCGUGUGCUUGAACUACGCGCGGACAUUUUUCCCGCUCCUCGACGAACGUUGGCCCUCGAUCGCAGACGAGCUGGACAACAAUGUGAAGAUCCAGAUGGAGAGUUUGGAAAUAUUAAACGUCGUCGCGAAAAACCUGAUACCGUUGGUCAAAGAGAACGCGGGCAAGGGAUUCGCCAGUUACAUAGCGGAUUUGCUCGUCAAGUGCAAGAUACAGAAGAUCCUGCUCCAUUGUCUGCUGACUUCGGUCCGCGACAGCGACGAGGACGUCACGUUCGCCGACGAGAUCCUGCUGUUUAACAAUUUCCAAUUGCGCGACGACGAGGACAAAAUCGGUAAACACGUCGAGGCGUUCCAGAUCCAGCUGCUGAAGCUGAUCCGGUCGUUGAUCGUGCUCGAGUAUCAUGCGUUUCCGUCGAAAGUGAGCGAAACGAGUUCCGCCGAACCGAGCGAGGAGUCGUUGAACUCCAAACCGACGGUGCUGAUUCCGAAACAGCAGAUAUUCCUUUCCGCCAUCCUCAGCGCCCUACGGAAUCGGAACGCUAGGAAUUUGCAUGAGAGGUGGCUGGAAAUGGUGACGUCGUGUUUGCCUUACUUCGGCGACAAUCUCAAACAGAUCGCGGUGAGCGUCAUUCAUCAGAUCUGUACGAACGUCGAGGCGGUAGCGUCGAACUACCGCAAGACGCUGACCGAAGACGCCGAACCCUGUUCCGAUUACGCCAUCUCGCAGCUCGAAUCCCUGACCAUCCUCUGUCAUUAUUGUCUGCUCGAUUCGUCGCAAACGAUCAACCAGAACGUACCGGCGCCGACGAACGCCGCUGCCCCCGUCGCCAAUCCUGGCGAAAUACUCAACAACCUCGUCAACGUGUUCUUUUCGCCGCUCGGCGCCGACGUUCAGUUCGCCGCGAGACACAAUUCCGACCAUUAUCAGAACGCACGCAAAACGGUCCUCGGUCACAUGCCACGGAUCAUUUCCAGCGUUGCCAAACUGUGGCAGACGAUCGUAAGCGUCGAGGGAGAUCGCGCGUGCGUUUACGGUAACUCGAAGACCGUCAAACAGCAACUGUUGGAGUUUCUCAGCCCGAUCGCCGUUCACCACGGUCCGAGUUUUUUAGCCGCUAUGGCGGUCGCGUGGUUCGAGAGGCGUAACCCUUUCGCGAGCGUGAAGGCGGUCUUGCCCGAGCCGAACGCCGGCCAGAACAAUUUAGUGUACCUGAUCUCGGCCAUCAGAGUGAUUCCCCUCGAUAACCUAGUACAAACCGUAACGGCUGUGAUAAAAAAUCCGCCUCCCUGCGAAGGGUUGAGUUCCGACAUUUGCCUAGACGUCUCCGUCUUGGAAUUAUUUUAUUGCUAUAUGCGUAACGCGUCGGCCACUCAGUUGUCGGAAGCGUGGGCGUCUCUAUUGUCCCUUAUUAGAGAGGUGAACUCUCUGAGUCCGCCUGCUCAGUUCUUAUUGGCAGCCCUCUUGCACGAAAUGAUGAUAAAAUGCUGCCCGCUGGAAGAGCGCAAAGACCAAAAGGACCUGCAGGACAUUACGGCGAAGUUGAUUGACUGCGUGUCCCAAGUUUGCGGCUCGUGUCUCGAGCAGACCACGUGGCUGCGUAGAAACUACGCCGUCAGGGAGCAAGAGGAGGACACUACUCCGGACUCGAGCAUCAUCACCGGCGGAUCCGCGGAAGUUAACUCUAGUCACAGCGUGCAAGCGCAGCUAGUUCUGGCGGAAAUACUUGCCCCUAUACUGGACAUCUGUUUCGGAUCGUCGGAUAAGGACAAGGUGAACAAUAUUUUGGCGUCGCUCAUGUUCAACAUCGUGCCGUAUUUGAAAACGCACACGGUGAAAAACAUGCCCAGUUUCAACGCGUGCUCCAAACUACUGGCGAGCCUGAGCAGUUACCAGUAUACGCGAAAGGCUUGGAAGAAGGAGGUGUUCGAUUUGCUGAUGGACAAUUCCGUUUUCCAAAUGGAUCAUUCGUGCUUGAAGUACUGGCGCGUUAUAGUGGACAACCUGAUGACGCACGACAAUAUAACGUUCCGCGAUUUGAUGAACAGGGUGUCGAUGACGCAAAGCGGCAGCCUGAGCAUAUUCUCGUCACGGGAGCAGGAAUAUGAACAGAAAUCGCAGCUGCUCAAGCGGCUCGCGUAUGUCAUAUUUUGCAGCGAGCUCGACCAAUACGCGAAGUACAUGCCAGAGAUCCAAGAACAACUGACAGGCAGUCUCAGGAUGAACGUGCCGGGUGUCCAGGCCCAGGUGUUCCUCUGUUUUCGAGUUUUGCUGAUCCGAAUGAGCCCGUUGCACGUCACGAGCCUCUGGCCGAUCAUCAUCAGCGAAAUGCUGCAGGUGUUCUUGCAGAUCGAGCAGGAACUGUCGACCGACACCGAAGAAUUUAACUCGCACAUAAAAUUGAUGUCUUCAUUGGACGCCAGCUGGGCGACGAACAGCAGCAACGGGUUGCACGCGCUCGGUCAUCCGCAUUGGUUGAAGUUGCAGCUAACCACGGCGAAGCUGCUGGAUUUAGCACUGCUUCUUCCCGCUACGACGCUACCGCAGUUUCAGAUGUACCGUUGGGCGUUCGUCGGAGACGACGCCGUGAGGAAGACUGAUCGGCCACAGGCGGCUUUUACGCCGCACGUAAUCCGUAUUGCCGAACUGAUGGACCGGAAGUUCGCCGACGCACCUAUCGAUAUAUUGCCCAUGAAACGGAACGAACUACUGCUGACCGUGAACAGUAUCAGCCAACUGAAAGACCUCCACAGCUUUUUCAGGACGCUGAGUUCUUGUUCGGAUCGGCACCGGACCGAGUGCAGUAGAGCGGUCGUUAACGACAAUUUGUUUGCCGAGCGGCCCUCUGAUAAGAAGUUGGAGGUCAUCUUGGAAAAGAUCGACCGGGUGAUCGAGACCGACUUCUUGGACAAGAUCCCUCGGUAAUUUUCUGUUCUCGUUUGUUUUUAUCAUCCAAAGAAAUCAGUAUUAAGCGGAACGCAUUUAUUGUUUUAAGUCAAACUACCAGAAUGUUUUUGUUACUGUUUGAGAGUUUUUUAGAGAUCUAUAUUAUAUUUAUUUUAAUAUAUUGUUUGCCGUUUGUGUUAGCUUUUCAUCAAAUCGCUGUUUUUUUUUAAUUUUUGUACAAAUUUAAUAAUUUAAUACCACGAAAGGGCUACGGCAUUAAUUCUGACGUCACGGGGUAUGAGCGGAGCAGGCACUACCAAAUAUACCUUCCGUUUUCCUGGUAUGAAAAAUAUGUGGAACGACGGUGUUUUCAUGAUUCGUAUAUAAAUAAUUUUCAACUCAAGGAACAUCAAGACCUUGGAAAAAUAUAUCGUUAAUAAAAACGUCAAAACAAUAACUCUUGACGUCUCCACCAUUGGCAUCAAAUUAUAUUAAAUUUUAGAGUGAUACUUUUUACGCAAUUUGCUCCCUUUAAUUUCGAUUAACAAUUUUUUUCUUAUAAAAAAAGUUGAUGCAAACGGCGUUGGUUGAUUUUCUUGUCAGACGAGUGGGUGCAACUCAAAUUGGAUCGAGGAAGCAUUUAUUAAGAUUGUGAUUUUAAUUGUGAUGUUGUAUAAAUAACGGCAAUGCCGCCCGAUUGUUAUAUUGCUUUCCACAGUGUUGUAAAUAAAUUUGUAAAAUUUUACCACUACCCCCCCCCCC